UUAGGAUUUGUGAAUACAGUAAAACAGUAGCUAUUGUUUCCAAUCCAUUCUCUCAUUUUUGAGCACAGAUUGCUGCAUCCUAAUCCUAACUUAGUAAUCAUAUUCACAUUUAAAUUCUCCUGACAAUAUUUAGUUGUGACAUGCCUUUAAGGCAUGGGAGCGGCCAGCAAAUUCUGAUUACAGUUGAUGUAAAUGCAGUUGUUGAACUUUCAGAUGACUCAUCAGUUCGAGAAAGCAGUGGUCCAGGCAGACCAAAUGGUCCCGAGGGACCUCCAGAUGGCCCUGGAGGUCCUUUUGCUGGCCCUGGAAACUUCCAAGGAAGUCAAGGAGGCAACUUUCCAGGUGCAGGAGCGAAUUUUGCUGGGGGACCUGGAGGAUUUCCAGGCGGCCCUGGCUCGUAUAUGGGACCAAGUGGACCUUGGGGCUGGGGACCAAUGCCUGGACCCUACUCAGGAAUGCCCAUGGGUCCUAACCCCUUCAAUGGGCCACCUGGAAAUCCCAUGGGUAAUCCCCAGGCGCCCUACAACAGGAACAUGCGUGAGAGACCUGAUGGAGAUGAGGGCAACAGCAUGGGUGGAAGCCGUAGGGGCGGGCGAGGUGGCGGCAGCAGAGGGGGAUUCAGCCUCGGUGGGCGGGGCAGGGACAGACGAUGGUAAAACCAUAAUAAUCAUUUACAGUCCUUUGUAUGUACUUGUACAGAGAGCCACUUUGUCCAUGGUUGAGCUGUGAAAACAUAAGGCGUGAAUGUAUUUAUUUGAUCGUGCUAGGGUGAGUAGUUGUGAUUUAAUAUUCGAGAUCUAUCCUGACAUGUGAUUUCUUUGUGAUUUAAAGAAUUACAGUACUGUAUAGAAAGGAAGUUACAAUGGUAAUAUUGGCAAGAACUUCCUGAUUAUAAAACCUGAUGUAAAGCUAUUUCUUCAGAAUGGCUGCCUUAGAACAAAAGAAAAUAUGAGUAAGGAAGAUGUAUUAAAUCUUUCAUACUGUAUGUAAGAGUUAAGGAGAAUUGAUGAAGGUAUUUAUCUACUGAAGAAUGUUGUCUGUUAUUUGAUACCUGAAGCAUGUGUGUAUAUAUAUAUGACCCUAGAAAAUGUGAGGAUGAUUGCUCAAAUAUCAUAGUGAAGAUCUUCCAUACAGUAUGCAUAAAAUGUAUCUUGCUCAUAUUACAUCAGAAUUUAUGUAUAUAACAAAUUGCAGCAUCUUCAUUUACGCUGUAUAUAAUACACCAGGUGUUCUGAGUGUCACAGAACUUCAUAUUGAAUUUCUUUAUUUUUUCUGCUCAAUUUUUAAUUGAGUAGCCUACCAAAUAUUAUUGUUAUUAUUUGUAAAUUGUGUACGACUUCAAAACCUUAGGAAUAAAACAAGAAAUUAU